CGAAUCAUUUUACUGAGAACGUUAAUGUUAAAAAUAUAUUUUUUUUAAAUUAAAAUAAGGAAAUGUGUUUGAAAAUAAAUGCAUUAAAAUAUUUUUUAACUUUAUUAGCAUGCACAGGUGUUAGUGCGAUAACAAUGCAGCAAUUUGAAACCUCCUUAGACAUGAUGCGCAAUGGCUGUACACCAAAAUUCAAAGUGCCAAUCGAAAUAUUGGAUAAUUUACGAGCUGGCGAGUUUAUAGAAAACAAUGGCGAGUUGAAGUGUUAUACCAGGUGCAUAGCACAACUGGCAGGAACGGUAACUAAAAAAGGAGAAUUUAGCGUGCAAAAAGCAUUAGCACAAAUUCCAAUUAUAUUACCACCUGAGAUGCAAAACGCUGCUAAGGAAGCUUUGAUUGCUUGUAAGGAUGUUCAAAAAGCUUAUAAGGACUCAUGCGAUAAGGUCUUCUAUACAACAAAAUGUGUGCGCGACUAUGAUCCAAGUACUUUUAAAUUUCCAUAAUUAUAUGUAUGUAUGUAUGUAUGUACAUAUAUAUGCAUUUAAAUAUGGCAAUAUAUGAGUAUAUGUUAAAUACUUGAGUAUAUGUAGCCUAACAUUCAUUUUUAGCCAAACGGCAAAGCAACAACAACACAAAAACAUCUACGAAAAACAAAGCACUUACUCUGACGCGUUUUCUCCUUUGGCUGCUAGGCAAGAAAGUACAAAACAAAAAUUGGAAAUUUGUUAAAUUAGCCACAAACCCAAGCACAUACAUACAUAUUUUUCAAAUUGCAAGACUUUGUUUAGUUCAAUGCAUUUUUUGUAUUUUUUUUUUUUUGUUUUUGGUUGUAAAGUCUACGGAUUCCCUUACCUGUUGCGAAGCUUUGUCACUUUUCGCAUCCUGCUGCUUUUCCGCCUCUGUCUCGGCUUUUUGUAGCACAUCGUCUAUAAACUCUGAGACGACUUCCAUAUUCUUGGUGUCCAGUUUGAAUUCAUCGAUACGUGCAUCCAACGGUUCCGCCUCGGCCUCAAUUUUAUCAAUGCUAUCGUCAGCAGCAUCUUUUGGUGCCUCAACUAUGGCAACAUCACCAGCAAAAUGUGCGCGCAUUUCAAAUCGAUUUAUUAUUCCCACAGAAAUUUACUUAAUAUAUAUAUUUUUUUUAAAUAAAAUAAAGCUUUUACAAUUUCCCGAUGAAA